AUGAAUUCAUUGCGAAAGCUUGUUCUUAUUCCGGCCACUGCCGCCCACCGACAGGCCUUUCGGUGUCUCUCCUCGGCAGCGUACGAGUACAUCAAAACCGAAACCAGAGGCGCCGACAGCAAUGUUGGCCUGGUCACCUUGAACCGACCCAAGGCGCUGAAUGCCCUUUGCGAUGGUCUGAUGAAGGAAGUGGUCAGUGCGCUGCAGACCUUUGACACCAAUGACAAAAUUGCCGCCAUUGUCAUUACUGGAUCGGAGAAGGCCUUUGCCGCCGGUGCCGACAUCAGGGAAAUGAAGGACCUAAAGUUUGCCGACGUCUUUAUGAAAAACUUUCUCUCUUACUGGGACAAGGUGACCGGCGUCUCCAAGCCGACCAUUGCAGCUGUCAACGGAUAC